CUUUUCACAGUGACAAUCAUCUCUGGUAGACCUCAGUCCAAGAAUCUCCUACAGUUCCGAAAAAUUAUCAAGUGCACAAUACCAAAUAGUAAGCCACUGAAUGAGUACAAUGGAUAUGGCUGCUAUUGUGGGCUUGGAGGCUCUGGCACUCCUGUAGAUGAACUGGAUAGGUGCUGCCAGAUUCACGAUGACUGCUAUAGUGAAUACAAAUCAGUUGCAAACUGUACCCCCAUAUUUGAUAAUCCUUACACAGAGUUCUACUCAUACAGAUGUGAAAAUAACAUUGUGACCUGCACAAAUGAUAACAAUCCAUGUGAGAUGCACAUCUGUGAGUGUGACAGAAAAGCCGCCCUGUGUUUCUCCAAAGCAACUUAUAGCGAGGAGUACAAGGACCUGGACAAGAAAAAAUACUGCCAGUGA